UUUCUGAAUGAAGCUUUCCAGAAAGGAGGCCCAGAUGGUUGCAGUGCCCGUCUAUUGAGAGGAGAGAUCACAUUUUCCCAGUGGCUACCGCUCAUGGAAGAAGACUGCAGGAAACGCUCCGAGGCCUCUGGAAUCUGCCUCCCCAAGAAUUUCUCAAUAAAUCAAAUCUUAGGCAAGGCAGUUUCAGCAAGAACAAUCAACCACCCCAUGCUCCAGGCAGCUCUCGCUCUUAGAAAGAAGGGACUUGCGACCUGCCUCCUCACCAACAACUGGCUGGAUGACAGCGCCGAGAGAGGCAGCCUGGCCCAGCUGAUGUGUGAGCUGAGUCCUCACUUUGACUUCCUGAUCGAGUCGUGCAGGGUCGGAAUGGCUAAGCCGGAGCCUCGGAUCUACAAGUUUGUACUGGACACGCUGAAGGCCAGACCCAGUGAGGUUGUCUUCUUAGAUGACAUUGGGGGUUAUCUGAAGCCGGCCCGUGACUUGGGAAUGGUCACCAUCCUGGUCCACGACACCGACACAGCCCUGAGGGAGCUGGAGAAAGUAACUGGGCUGCAGCCCCUCCAUCCCGCAGCCCCUCUGCCACCCCCCUGCAGUCCCAGUGACGUGAGCCAUGGGUAUGUGACAGUGAAGCCUGGAGUCCAUCUGCAUUUUGUGGAGCUGGGCUCUGGCCCUCCUGUGUGCCUCUGCCAUGGAUUCCCUGAGAGCUGGUUCUCUUGGAGGUACCAGAUCCCUGCUCUGGCCCAGGCGGGUUACCGAGUUCUGGCUGUGGACAUGAAAGGCUAUGGAGACUCAUCCGCUCCUCCAGAAAUAGAAGAAUAUUCCAUGGAAGUGUUAUGUAAGGUAAGAAGGAUCUUUGACAACAUCUUUUCUAUCCUGGUGUUUUCAUUGAUAUAA